UAUAAACAUGUGAAAUGGCUCUUCUACGUUCUACAUCUCGAGCAUUGAAACCCUUUUUCGAUAGCAAGUUUGCAUCGCCAGUGGCUCUGUAUCAUAAAAAUGUGAUUGACCACUAUGAAAAUCCCAGGAAUGUGGGCUCUCUAGACAAAAAAGACGCCAAUGUUGGUACAGGUCUUGUUGGAGCUCCAGCAUGUGGGGAUGUAAUGAAACUUCAGAUAAAGGUGGAUGACAAUGGGAAAAUUGUGGAUGCUAAAUUCAAAACAUUUGGAUGUGGAUCGGCUAUUGCAUCUAGUUCCUUAGCAACAGAAUGGAUUAAAGGAAAGUCGGUGGAUGAGGCCGUCAAGAUAAAAAAUACAGAUAUUGCAAAGGAGCUCUGCCUUCCCCCAGUCAAGUUACAUUGUUCAAUGUUGGCUGAAGAUGCUAUCAAGGCAGCCCUCAGUAACUACAGACAGAAGAAGGAGAAGGUUGAGGCUUAAGCUUCAGCAUACAUAACCACCAACAGUCGGGACUGUCAAAAAGUUAUAGCUUUUGUGUUUGAGUGGAAUCAAGCAGACUAAACAUCUGUAGAUCAGUGAUUUAUAACUGUCAUUAUUUCCUAUAAGCAUUUGUGUGUUGUUGUAAGUGUCCAACAAGUAAACUGUAUGCACACACCCUGGUGAUCAAUUGUCAGCACACCCAGAAGAAACUGUAAAACCACACGUUUGGACUGGGGAAGCAACAAUCAUCAAACCUGGAAUAUUAUUACAAGUGAUGAAAGUUUCUUUUUUCAGUAGAAGUACCAUAAGGUGAUAGAGUAAGCUAUUAUAGGGUUUAAGUAGGAGUACCAUGAUAUGAUAGAGUAAGCUGUUAUAGGGUUUAAGUAGGAGUACCAUGAUAUGAUAGAGUAAGCUGUUAUAGGGUUUAAGUAGGAGUACCAUGAUAUGAUAGAGUAAGCUGUUAUAGGGUUUAAGUAGGAGUACCAUAAGAUGAUAGAGUAAGCUAUUAUAGGGUUUAAGUAGGAGUACCAUGAUAUGAUAGAGUAAGCUGUUAUAGGGUUUAAGUAGGAGUACCAUGAUAUGAUAGAGUAAGCUGUUAUAGGGUUUAAGUAGGAGUACCCUAAUAUGAUAGAGUAAGCUGUUAUAGGGUUUAAGUAGGAGUACCCUAAUAUGAUAGAGUAAGCUGUUAUAGGGUUAAGCUCUUUACAUCAUUGUAAUUUGAAGAAAUUAUCCUGAAGGCAUACAAAUACAGUUGAUAUCUUAAAUAUCUCGAAGAAUAUCAAAAAGUAUUUGGAUCGAAAUUCCCAAGCAGUUUUGGAUGUUUGUGAUCUGUAAAUUAACUGUUCCAUUCAUUUGUGUUUUUCUUGGUAUUAAACAUUGCUUGUGUGUUGACAUUGUUAUAACUUACUAUGAUUCAAAUGCUUUUCGAACCUUUCUUUUAUUUUAAAAAAAAAAACGUUAUUUGAGCACUGACUAAAAUUAUUGUCACUGAAUGAGUUGUGAUAAUAUGAAUAUAUCUAGUGAUACAUGUAUUGUUUAUGUACCAAUAAAAUAAAUACAAAUAAAA